CACUUUAUUUCUCUAUCUCUUUCUUCUCUCUGUAUUUACUUGUUCACUCUUUAUUCAUAAGAGUUCAGUCCCAUUUGAAAAUGCUGUAGGCACACACAGAGUCCAACUUCAACCUCGUAGCUUCAGUCCUUCACUUUCUCCUCAGCCAUGGUUGAUGAUAGGGUGGAUACAAUUGGCCGAUUAGCACAGUGGAAAGUCGACAACCUAGGACCUUCUUCCUGCAAAAAAUCUGAACCGUUCAAGGUCGGACUCUGGAACUGGUGCUUUUUGAUAAUAAGGAAUCAUCACCUCUUCAUACAUCUCUAUCCAGAACCUUCUAGGGCUUCUAAGGAAAACCCACCUCAUGCUCGAAUUGUUCUUCGAAUUUCCAAUGCUGGGGUUGGUUCAUCCCGCAAGUUUCACAUUUCUCCUGUUCAGGAAAAGCUGAUUAAGACUGAAGAUGACUUUGUUUGGACGGUUGAUACUGCUCCCGUUGGCCGCUUCAUUAUUGAUGUUGAGUUUCUAGACCUGAAGAUAUGCACUAUGAAAGGUGAAGAAGCUAGUUCUAUAUGGCCAUCUGAUGGAAAUUUGCUAUCCGUUGCAGCUCAAAGUAGUUCUCUUCAUUGCCUCGCUCACAUGUUUGAUGAGGCCAUACACGCUGACCUAACCAUUAUCACGGCUGACGGUACAUUUAGAGCUCACAAGGCAGUUCGGUCGGCAAGUUCUCCUGUGUUCCAAAGCAUGUUUCAUCACGACCUGAAGGAAAAAGAGUCAUCUACAAUCCAUAUAGAAGACAUGUCACUCGAAUCCUGCAAGGCUCUAAUCAGCUACUUUUACGGAACAAUUAAACAAGAAGAUUUUUGGAAACACCGGCUUCCAUUGCUCGCAGCAGCUAAUAAAUAUGACAUUGGAGGUUUGAAAGGUUGCUGUGAGGAAAGCCUUCUUGAAGAUCUUAACUCAGGAAAUGUUCUUCAGAUGCUAAGUGAGGCUUGGUUUUAUCAAUUACAUAAGUUAAAGAAAGAGUGUAUGGUGUUCUUGUUUGAAUUUGGUAAAAUAUAUGAUGUUAGUGGUGAUGAAAUGAAUACCUUCUUCCAGCAUGCAGAUAAGGAGUUAAUCGUGGAGAUGUUUCAGGAGAUGCUUACAAUUCCGAACCCGGUGUAAGUUAAUAUUGAAAUAUUCCUAGCCCCCUGCAUUGUGCAUAAUAGUUCAUGAUACUUAACUUUCCUUUAUCUUCAACAACCUGGUAGUGGUUAAAAUGGCACAUUAAUUGGUAUAUUAUUUAGGAGUUCAUGUGCAGGACUAUUGACAUUUCUAAUUGACAUUUCCUUAUAUAUAUUUUUUCAAUUAUAUAUAAAUAGAAAAAACAGAGAAGGUUUUUUUUUUUUCCAAAAAAAUCACAAGGUAAUCCCUUGUUUAUUGUUUAAAACUGGAUAUAAGGCAUCAAAUGCAGUAUUAUUUGAAUUACACUGCAAUAUUGACAAUUCAAAUAUUGGGUAUGGGUAUAUUUCCUUCUCUCAUCUUAUGUCACGUUAACAAGAAAUUGGUUCAAGUAACAUGCAAUUAAAUUAAAAAAAAUGAAAUAAUUGUAUGUGUGUAUUUUAUGGGGAGCGUCAUGAAGACACCCAGAAGAGACUUCAGUUUUUUUCACCUAAUAAACAGCAAUGAUGUUUCAUUCACACCUAAAACACACUUAGAUCCAGAGAAAGAUAGGAAGAUAAGAGAGAAAAAUAAAAGUUAUAAUCGGAAAACAAGAUAAAUAUAAGAAGAUAAAGUUUGUGGAAAUGAGAUGGAAGAAAAAUUAAGGUAUGAAUUAAUCAAAACCUUAUAAUAAACUGACAUCAUCGGCUUGUUGACCUGACAAAAGUAGCCCAGUUUAACUCAAUCCUUUCACUCUUUAUCAAACCUUGGUCUAGCACUUCACUUUGUGUAGCUUGCAACAAUGCUUGUAGAUAGUCAAGAUUUUGACACAUUAGUUCAAAAAGAUAUGAAUAUGACUGUUUUUAUUUGCCAUGAAAAGUUUAAUGGUGGGAUAAAAACGAUAUAUCAUUUAGAGACAUAAGAUCUUGAUUUGUAAGACACAAUCUAGGUUGGGUUAAGACACGAUAUGAUUGUAUUUUUCAGCUUUCAACUCAUUGGGAAGAAUCUUUCAAGAAUUGAAUUAAAUUAAUGUCAAGUAUCAACUCAAUCUUAUAACUUAUAAGUGAGAUAAAUAAAGGUACAGUAUACUCUUAUCAUGUAUAAUUAAUUCAAGUCAAUAACUCAAAAUGAACUUGUUUAUAAAAUUAUCAACAACGGAUACACUCUUAAUUGAAUUAAGAGUCAAGAUACUUUGAUAAUUCACUGCUUUUUCAAAAAUUUCUUUGCUGUUAGCAACUUAGCAUAGGUUGCGUAGCCAUUUGUAUUAUUAAUAUAGUUCAUCCACGAGGAGAUCUACUGUGUAUUUUUUAUUUUUUUUAGUUCAUCUUCCUGUAUCCAUGCUGAUUUUCUUUGACUUUCUUUCUCAAGAUUUAUUUACUUAUAAAAAUGAAUUGAAAAACAUGAACUAAUUAAUACUAUUGCAUCACUACUUAGAUUUCAAAAAUAAAAUAUAAAAACAUAUUCAUUUUAAAAAAGUACAGGUUUUGUUGCUAUAUACGAUGUGGUUUAAUGAUAAUGCCAUGUUACCCUACUUGAAUAAUUGUAAUUGUAAAUACUACAUAUUAACUA